GGAGGGUGCUCGCAGGCUGAUAACACACUCAACCACAGAUGGUUGAGCAAGGCUGCAAGAGAGUGAGGGAGCAAAGCGGGUGCAAAGAGACAGAAGAGAAAGAGGGGAAGGAGAAGAGAGGAAGGGAGAGUGUAAGAAAGAGAGAGAGGCUGAGUGGGAGGCAUCCGUCUCUCUGCUAGUAUUGCCAAAGCAACAGGGAGAAGAGGAGAGAGGAGGCAGCGCCGGGGUCUGUGAGCGUCUUGUUGCUGCGGCCAAGAGAUCUCCUGCUGCUGUUUACUUUGGACUCCAGGAACGGAUGGAUGCUCACACACAUACAUGCCGGACUUGAACUGAAACCGAGCUUUGUUUCUUCGCAGAGACACAGACAGAGACACAGACACAGGAAAGCAGGAUGUGGUAUUGCAUGCAUGCCUUUAUGAGUGUAGGUUUGCGGGUGUGACAGGGACUCUCAGGUGAGCAGGGUUAACUUGAAACCAACCUGUAAACUGACUCCAUGACACCAGCGUGUGCCUGUGUGUGUGUGUGUGUCUAUGGGACUGUUGCAUACUGUGUAUGAGUAUUGUAUGUAGCUAAUGACCAGGUGCAUAUACUAUAUGGUGUGUUUGUGACACCGGCGUCAGAGCACACACACGCACGUCAGGAGGAAGUGACACGUCUGAGCUCGAUCUCAGAUUUCCUGGUCCCCUCUCUGGUGGCACGCCAAGCGCCGAAUCUGAGCCGAGUUCACCUGUCUCGCCCUCACAGGCGGGACAUAAACGUCUUCUGGAUGCAUCAGCAGAGUGAUGAGUAAAGGACAGUUAGAAGCGUGGGGACUCUGAUCGUGGCUGGGUGUCACAUCUGCAUUUUUUUCGAGAUAAACCAGCACUUCCUCAAGCUGUCAACGUGCUGCUCUGGUGCUGUGCCGGGGGCCAACUCUGGACCUCUCCAUGACUGUCAAUACGGUGCUGACCCCUUCCAUGACCAGCAGUAACAGCAUGAGCAGCGGGUACUGCAGCCUGGAUGAGGAAGACUUCACUUUCUUCACAGCCAAGACCUCGUUCUUCCGCAAGCCCAAGCAUGCAGCUAAGCAGAAAGAAACAAAGGAGGAAGAGGAGAAAGGAACAAAGGACCUGUCGGAAGAAGAGGUGCGGACAAGGAUAGAAGAGUACAACAUUCAAGUCUCUGAAAAUGGCAUGAAACUGGCUUCAGAUGGAUCCUACACAGGUUUCAUUAAGGUCCACCUGAGGCUCAGUCGACCAGUCACAGUCCCCGCUGUGGAGGCGGCAGGCUCAGAAGGAGCGUCCAAGCAGGCAGGAGGCCACACUGAAGGGACGGACUGUGCGCAGAGCGAAAAGAGAACAUCCUUCUACCUACCAUGUGACUGUGUGAAGCAGAUCCACAUCAGCUCUCUGACCACCACCAGAGAGGUCAUCCAGGGCUUGCUGAAGAAGUUCAUGGUGUUGGACAAUCCCCGCAAAUUUGCAUUGUACAGGCAGACGCACCGCGACGGACAGGAUCUGUUCCAGAAGCUUCCUCUAUGUGAGCGUCCACUUCUCCUGAGGUUGAUAGCAGGGCCUGACCCAGAGCAGCUCAGCUUUGUCCUCAAGGAAAAUGAGACUGGAGAGGUGGAGUGGCAUGCAUUCUCUGUCCCUGAGCUACAAAACUUCCUGGUAAUCCUGGAGAAAGAGGAGGCGGAGCGUGUGCGGGCAGUGGAACAAAAAUACACCAUGUACCGAAAGAAACUACAACAGGCCCUCCAACAACAUGACCCCUGACCCGUUCACCUGUUACCUUAUAACCUCAACCCAGGGAGAGACUGACCCUUUGAACGUUGACCCCAUCCCCCUCAACACCCGUGAUCUAUUCAGAGACUGGAGCCGGAGCUGAACUUGUCUCCACCCUCCACACAUACACCCAAACAUACAGUACAUUUACACACAGAUGCAUACCCUUUCUCAGGACGCAUACAAGCCCCCCUACCAUCCACACAUCCACUCCCCGAGGAGAGAAUCAGGGGUUGAAAGCGACGUGAAAGGCUACAGGGUGUGUGGUCUGCUAGCUGAUUUGAAAAGCAGCGCUUUCAUUGCCAAGGACACACACAGAAAGAUCACAGCGACGCAAGAUCUGAAAGUCCGACUUGAGAUCUCGUUUGGGACUGAUAUGAAUCAUUAGUGUUUUUAAAAAAUUCCCUUCCUCUGCUACUGCUGCUGCUGCUGCUACUGCAAGUGUUACUUAUGCAUGAGUCUCUCUCAGCUCAUCCUCCUGCACACGUAGAGUUAGAAGUAAAACAGAAGGCAUGAUUACUCUUUGGUGGAAGGACAAUCAUACUGAGUGUUCUUUUUUUCUUGGAAUAUAUGUAUAGGGUUAUCAACAGAUGUGUUAUUUUUGUGCCCGAAUAUAAACAUGUGGAUUUGUGAGGGAGGUGUUUGGGGUCAAGGCUUGAGGCAAAAGGCUGUGGAUGCUGGAACAAGACAUGGAAAGAUAAGAAAGUGAGAUCCAUUCUCUGAUUUUUCUCAGGGAGCAUGCGUCGAGCAAAGAGAAAACCUAAAGGAGGAAAGAAACCGAAAUCCACCCUUCAACACCCCGUUUUAGCCCACUUUGUCCAAAAUCUCAGCUUUUUUUAUUUGUUUCUAUUAUUUCAAUUUCCUAGUUUAACAACAUGUUAGAAGACGCUUUCAGGUGCUUCGCUGACAGAAAGGUCUUCAAUCUGACCCAGUUACCACACAAAUCUAACCUCUUUUAUGACAUUAAAGGGUAGCUUUGGUAUUUUUCAGUCUGGACCCUAUUUUCCCAUGUUUUUUAUGUCUAAUGGAGACAAGUUUCGAAAUUGGUCCAGUAUUAAAUGAGAGCACUGCAGCCCACAGCUGUGAAACAGGCUGCAAUGUAACUACAAAGGGCAGUUGUGCGCCAUCAGUUAACGUCCACUAAAAGUGCUUGUUUCUUUCACUGUCAGGCUCAGAUUAUUAUAAGUGUUUGAAAACAUUAUGAAAAGGAUCCUUACAAAGAUAGACCUUUUUGUUAAAAAGUAAGAAUCUUUUUGUUUUACUAGAAACAGACCCGAAAUUGCUGUCAGCAAACUCACCAAACUCCAUUUAAAUAAACAGUGAAUAGUGAAUAGAGGCAGCAUAUUUUCACACCUAACUGGGUGAACUGAGGGUUCAUUUCAACCAAAUUAGAGUUGUGGAUUGCUGGAACAGUGAAAGAAGGAACCAAGGCAGCUUUUGUGAGUGUUAUUUUGUGUCUGUCGACUUUGAAUGAAGAGUGUUUUAUAAUGAUAAAAUCACUGUUUAUUUAAAUGGAGUCUGGUGGGUUCGACCAUGGCGAUUUUGGGGCUGUUUCUGG